AUGGCACCGCAGGCUGCAAGCUCGUACAUCUCGGCAGCGUUCAAUCGUGCCAACCACAUUGCCGAUUGGGCCAGUGCUCCUGACAGCGUCAUUGCCUAUGCUGCCAACAAGUCCAUUGCCAUUUGGGACAGACCAGGCCACCCAUCCUCCGCUGGCGUUACGCAGCUACUACCGACAGGCUUUUCCAAGACCAUCACAUGCCUUAAAUUCGCCACUUUGCACAGCAUUUCAUCCCAUUUAUGCAUCGUCGCCGGAUCGGCCGAAGGAACGAUUGGGGUGUGGGCUUUUCGAGAGGACCGGGGCUGGGCAAAGUCGCUCACGAUCCAACAGGCACACCAAGGCUCGGUAUCUACCAUCGGAGUGCUUCGCACCUCCCACGUCUCAUCUGAUCAGCGCCCGAUGAUCGUGUCUGGUGCUUCCGAUGGCCUGCUCAAAGUAUGGAUGCUGGCCGAUGACCUUUCGCAACCGCCGGCGCUGGUGCAGACCGUGGAUCUCAAAGGUCGAUUCCCUCUCGAUGUCUCGCUGUUGGUGCUGCCAAGCCGCAGUGCGCCUCAUCUGAUCAUGGCCUUGGCAACUACAACAAACAAGAUCGACAUUUACACCUCGAGUCUCGCCGCCAACCAGCUCGAAUUCCAGCAGAAGCUCUCUCUAGAAGGCCACGAGGAUUGGGUCAAAUCGCUAGAUCUCUGCAACACCUUUACCGCUGCUGACGAGCAGCAGCAAGACGACACUGUCAUGCUGGCAAGUGGAUCUCAAGAUUCAAGCGUCAGACUGUGGAAGAUUGCUCCCGCAGACCCAGCCGAAGCGACGACGUCGUCAAAACAAGCACGGGCCUCUCCGACAGACGACGACUUUGAGCAGAUGGUGGCCAAGAUCGAAUCAGAUCGCGACACAAAGGCCGGGGAGAUCUCGAAUCGCGCCCAUCCUUUCGACAUUGAGCGAGCAGACGGAACCAAACAGACCUGGGCCAUCACCUUUGACGCCUUGCUCGUUGGACAUGACAACUGGGUUACCGGAGUGCGCUGGCACCCAGCUAUUCCCGCUGCAAAGGGCCGCCUUGCACAGCCUGCCGCGCUCCUCUCUUCCUCAGCAGACAACAGUCUCAUCUUGUGGACGCCUUCUGGUCAGCUGUCCGAGGUCACGUCUCUGUCUCCCUUUGCCGCCUUUGACUCGAAUCUUCUCUCAACGGGAGGUGCACGUCGGGCUCGAGGACCGACCAUGCAUCACAUCGCCUCUUCCAUCUGGAUGCCCUCGCAGCGAUUUGGUGAGGUAGGCGGUGCCAGCAACUUGGGCUUCUUUGGUGCUUUGUGGCUGCCAAGUCCAUCAGCCGCACCUGCCGCUGUCGACCCCGAGCAGCCCGUCUCUGCCGUUGCCGCGCAUGGCUGGGGAGGCUCGGCCCACAUUUGGAGUCUCACCCAGCAAGCAGCAUCAUCGUCGAGCCCGCAGUGGCAAGUCACUGACCCCGUCACUGGCCACUUUGCGGCCGCAAGAUCUGUGGCAUGGGAGCCUUGUGGAGAGUACUUGGCCAGCUGUUCUGACGAUCAGACUACACGCUUGCAUGCGCGACCUAUGCAGAAGCGUGGGCAGCGCCUACACCCACGUCAAGCUAAGUGGCACGAGGUCGCACGUCCUCAAUCGCACGGCUACGACCUGCAUUCCGUCUCUUGGCUCGAUCGGCUCAACUUUGUUUCGGCCGCCGACGAAAAGGUGUUGCGCGUCUUUGCCGCUCCGCGAGGGUUCGUUGGCACCGCUGGCAAAAAUGGUCUUUAUUGCGCAACGCUAGGCUCUGAGGCCGAGUCGCGGGCCGCAUCUCGUCCCGUUGCAGGAAACGACGUCUUGCUCCAUCUGUCGGUCGAUCCACGAGCCGGUCUUCUCGCAUCGGCAAAGCGACACGGCGAUCUUAUCAAGAAGACCGUGCAGCAGCGCUGCAAGCAGCAGACCGAUGCCGUCACUGCUCUUGUGUCGUCUGCUCUCUUUCAAAGGCCCUUUGAUCGUCUCAGCUUUAAGCAGAUUGAACUCUAUCUCAAAUGGCUCUAUGCUCAGGCCUGGAGUGUUGCCGUUCAACGCGGAUUGAUGCUCGCCAACAUUACGGUUCUGCUCGUUCCCGAUGCUUCGACCGCUAGGGUUGCCAGCCGUUUAUACAGUGAAGAGGUUGAAGUUCUGUUGGAUGCCGAUCUCGACAAGGGUUCGGCAGCGACGUGGCGAGACCUUGGCGUCGAUGUUCGCAAGGUCGAGUCCGACAUCAACCUGCAGGAAAGUAGCGAAGCAGUCGGUCGAGACGAUGGCAAGGGUUUGACGUGCUACCCUGUUGUCGCGUUGGGCGGCACUUUCGAUCAUCUCCACGUCGGGCACAAGAUUCUGCUCACCAUGGCAGCGCUCAUCGCUGACCGUGAGAUCAUUGUUGGUGUCACCGACGAUGCCAUGCUCACCAAAAAAUCCAAUGCCGCCCUCCUCGAACCCAUCGGCGAGCGCAUCGCCACCGUCAAUGCCUUUCUCAGCCUCGUACGCUUGCCCUUUGCGCCCCUCAACCAGCGCGUAGUCAAGCUCGAAGACGUGGCCGGCCCUGCAGCUACUGAAGCUGAUCUACAGGCCUUGGUCGUCACGGACGAGACCAUCUCUGGGGCCGAGUUCAUCGACGGCAAGCGCAAAGAGAAUGGGCUUUUGCCGCUCCAGAACUGGGUGAUCGGCGUCGUUGGCAGCGAGGGCCAGACCGAGCUGCAGGGGGAUGCCAAGGCGUUGGCCGAAAGCAAGAUCGGUAGCACUGCAAUCCGUAAGUGGCUCUCCGCACAGGGAGCACGCCGCAUUCAGGCUCUAGAGACUGCGAAACGGCAUCGCGUGUCUCAUCAGCUGCGACUGUCAGCAGACAGCCAGGAAGCGGGGUCGGGCCCAAACAAAAGCGAGGAUGUCUCUGCACGCCCUGUUGGAGCCAGUGUGCCGCCACUGGGACUCUCAAAUCGCGCCGUGUUUGAAGGAUCUAGGAUCGAGGAAGCCCCCUCAGCGAGUGGACAGCCGAUUGGAUCAGCCAAGGAAUCGCUCUCUGCUGUGCUGCGUCAGCCGCCCUCGGAAGAACAGCUUUCGGUCGAGACGCUGUGGCCCGAGCUGGAAAAGCUGUACGGACACGGUUACGAACUGCUGUGGGUGAGUGCCAAUCCGGCCAAUCCCACAGAUGGAGGGCGAACGACGACGGGCGGACGCUUUGUUGCUUCGUGCUGUAAAGCGACGAGCCAGGACCAUGCCGUGGUGCGCAUCCACGACCGCGCUCAGAACUGGCGAGAGUGCGCCGUGCUCGAAGGACACACGCUCAGCAUUACGCGCAUUCAGUGGAGCAUGGAUUCACGCUUUGUGCUCACCUGCUCGCGGGAUCGAAGCUGGAGGAUGUUCGAAAGGGUGGCUGCGUCGAGCUGUGAUGGCGAGGUUCGAUUUGUGCCGUUCACAGGCGAGCGCUCGCAUGCUCGCAUCAUUUGGGACUGCGCCUGGUCGACGGACAUUGCCCGGCCUUAUGUUUUUGCUACGGCGUCGAGGGAUAAGACGAUCAAGAUCUUUGAGCUGGAGCUCGAGAAGGCGGCAAGCGAUAAGCCUUUUGCGCUGUUGCAGACGGUCAAGUUUGACGAAGCACUCACGUCGAUUGCGUUUGGAGCUGAUCUGGUGCUUGCCGUUGGCAAAGAGGAUGGCGGGGUCGAGAUCCUGCAGCGAAAGUCGGCGCAGUCGCAAGAAUGGACGACGAGCCUGAACGUGCCAGAUAUGGCAUCCGAGCAGAUCAACCAGCUCGCGUUCCGACCCGCGGUGCUCGACGACGGAGACGACGCAGUCCUGGCCUCUGCUUCUGAGGAUGGCAUCGUUCGUCUUGUCCGGAUUUCUGGGCUCUGA